AGCUGGAGGAUCAAUACACCGAGAAACAGUCCUGUCCUUGAGAGAAGGGGGAAACGCCGUGGUACUGCCGGUGAGAAGAAAUACAGAGUUAGCUUCACAGUAACGUCGUAACAUUUUUUUUAUUUUACAUUUCGGACCAGCAGCCGUCAGCGACAAUGAACGGGCAGAUGAACGGUUUCCAUAACUCCCUCAUUGACGAGGACUGCUUCUUGUUCACCUCGGAGUCGGUCGGGGAAGGACAUCCCGACAAGAUUUGUGAUCAGAUCAGUGAUGCAGUUCUAGACGCCCAUCUCAAGCAGGAUCCGGAUGCCAAAGUUGCUUGCGAGACUGUUGCCAAGACUGGGAUGAUCCUGUUGGCUGGUGAGGUGACAUCACAUGCCACAGUGGACUACCAGAAAAUUGUUCGCGACACCAUUCGGCAAAUUGGAUACGACGACUCCUGCAAAGGCUUUGACUAUAAGACUUGCAAUGUUCUUGUGGCCUUGGAGCAGCAAUCUCCUGACAUCGCUCAGGGUGUUCACAUUGACCGCAAUGAGGAGGACAUUGGCGCAGGUGACCAGGGCUUGAUGUUUGGAUAUGCCACAGAUGAGACAGAGGAGUGUAUGCCUCUCACAAUUGUCCUUGCCCACAAGUUGAAUGCCAAGAUGGCGGAGUUGCGCCGCAAUGGCACACUUCCAUGGCUCCGGCCAGAUUCAAAGACCCAGGUUACUGUUCAGUACCGCCAGGACCGUGGCGCCAUGCUUCCAGUGCGUGUGCACACUAUUGUGGUCUCUGUUCAGCACGAUGAGGAUAUUUGCCUGGAGGAGAUGAGGGACGCCCUGAAGGAGAAAGUUGUCAAGGCUGUUGUUCCCUGCAUCUACUUGGAUGAUGACACCAUCUACCACCUGCAGCCCAGCGGGCGAUUUGUUAUUGGAGGCCCACAGGGUGAUGCUGGCCUGACGGGGCGUAAAAUCAUUGUUGACACUUAUGGAGGCUGGGGAGCCCAUGGUGGUGGUGCCUUCUCUGGGAAGGAUUACACUAAGGUGGACCGCUCUGCUGCUUACGCUGCACGCUGGGUGGCCAAAUCUCUGGUGAAGGCUGAGCUCUGCAGGAGAGUGUUGGUCCAGGUGGCCUAUGCUAUUGGAGUUGCCCAUCCCCUCUCCAUUUCAAUCUUCCACUAUGGUACCUCCCACAAGAGUGAGAGAGAGCUGCUUGACAUUGUGAAGAGGAACUUUGAUCUCCGUCCAGGAGUUAUUGUCAGGUAAUGUAUAACAUCGUAAGCCACCUGCUACUCAAUGAAACAACAGUUCCUGGCUUCUUCUUCAUUCCUGUGCCUUAGAGUUGUCUCUAUACCCUGCCCAGGAUUUAGUUAAUUUAAUUCAGUUGGACUCUUCCGAACCAAUACCAAUUUCUUCUUGCUGCAGCUAGCAUUUUGUUCAGCUUCUGAGAUGGAAAGCUGAGUUUGCCAUAGCUCUUUGUACUUAACUACAUGGCAUAGUGUUUAAGGUUACACAUGGGCUUUAGUGGGGCAAAAGUAUAAUUUAUUAGCGUAGACGUGUUUAGAUAUCCAGCCUAAUGAAGCCAUGAAGCUCAUAGGUAAGUGUCCUGUCGUAAUUUCGGUGGGUAUAUUUUCUGUCUGCAAGCUGCAGUCAAAACACUGCUCAGGGAUUAGUUUAGAUGGUAUGUUAAGUGAUUAAGUUUUUCUCCUCACCAGCUGGUCUAACAAACCUGUCUUUGGUUUUUUUUUUUUUUUUUAUUAUUUUAUUUUUUGUGGCUCUCGACAGUCCACCGGCAAAUGUGAGCGUUGUGUAUGUGUGUGAGUAUAAAUAUGUGCAUUUGAGGUCGCUGGCUGUGACUGCUGCUAAGUAUGUUGAUUAUGUAUUCCAGGGAGCUGGAUCUGAAGAAGCCAUUGUAUCAGAGGACCGCAGCCUAUGGCCACUUUGGCCGAGACUCCUUCCCAUGGGAGGUGCCCAAAAAACUCAAAUACUAAACUUGUUAAGCUUUUCCCCCCAGGCUUGUUGGUGUAUACUACAGAGAAGCCUCCAAGGUUCCGGGGGUGAAAUGCCCCAAUAUCUCCCAUAAUGGUAUCAUUUAACACAUGACUCCCUUCCUCCCUCCUUAUCUUGUUACUGUUUCACACUCGGUCAUAGGGGGCAUGCCUCAUACUUGAUGUUUAAAGAAAUGGAUGAGUUCCACAAACUCAUGCACCCCUGUACUUCAUGUUCUCUCACAUCUUGGGAUUCCCCUGCUUCUCGUUGUGCUAUACCUUGAAUAGCUGCAUUCAGUUGUUGUCCUUUAGCAUUCCACACUUGUCGAUUAUCGUCCGCCUUUUCAGUGUAAUAGCGGUAGCAUAUUAGGCUAUAUGCGAUACCCCUCUUAAUUUACUGGUGCUACUGAUGCAAGGAGUCUGUGCAACAUCAAACAUUUUCAAGUCCAUUUAGAAGCAUAAUUUGAUCGUUAAAGGAUCCUCUGAUCUGGCGCCUUCCUAAACAAGUGUAGCCUUUGUCGCAACAUUCCUCCUCUGUCAAUCUGGUACAACUAUUCCCCGACCCAGUGUCCUCUUAUCUUAAUUUGUGGUUUGUUUUUUUUUGUUUGUUUUUUUUAGCUUUAUUCCCAUGUCUUUGUGGAGGAUGCUAGAAUGGCAAGAUUAAAAUUCAGAUUGCUGUUUUCAUAAAAAUGCUAUGCAUUUCAGGCUAAGGGGCAAGCCAAAUCCUAAUUAUUCAUGCUCUCAAAUGAGCAUAAAGCCUCAGAUGCCCCUACAGACCUUUGCUGUUUUCUGACGUAAUACAGAAAAGUCAGAAGCUGCUAUGUCACUGCUCUGGUCUGCAGAGGUAUCAGUUAUACUUGAUAGCGAUGGUAAAAUUGGAUUGUUAUGCAUCAAAUUCAAUUCUAAAUGUAGUUUUACUCGCUUUUUUUAUGGUUUGAAGUGACUAAAGGCCAUUUUACUCCUUUUUAAGUAUAUUGAUUGCAGGUGUAGCUACAGAGAAACCUGGUUCCCAUCUUUAUUCUCAAAGGAGUAUGGUUGUUGCCACGGUCUUAUUGGCUAAGACUCAAACCUCAACACUAUUUAUUUGUUCUCUGAAACUCAGCGUGGAUACAGAGAAGCUGAGGUUUCAGGAGGCAGCUUUAAACACCUGGUUAUUGAAUCUUGAAUUCCUUUUUUGACUUGAGCAUUUUUCAGUAUUUGGCUUGAGGCUCCAGAGUGUUGUACAGAAAAGCUUUGGUCUGUCUCAGCUGGCUACUGUUAACUACAACCUUCUUUUUAAAUUUUGGGACUGGUUCUUAUUUUUAGUUCAUUUUAAAAAAAAAAACUCAUUACAAUGCCUGGUGCAUUCGUUGGCUCUGACUUAUCCCCAUUAUGGAAUGGCAAUAUUUGGUUGGUGUAGUACAGAGAAACCGACCUCGUUUACAUGGCCAUUCCAUGUGUGGGAUAGUUCUCAUCCCGUUGGCUACAGUAAGUGUGUAAGAGUGCCUUUUCUAUUUCCUCUAUGCCCCCAUAUGCUUUUCUCCCCUCCUGCACACAUGCGUGAAACUUUCAGAGGAACAAGUUGCUCAUACUGUGUCAUGUUUCAUGUCUAGACUGGGUGGUUUCCUUAUGCUCUGUAAUAAACGACUACUCCUUUCAAA